CGUGAAACUUCUAAAGGGCAUAAAGAAAAUAAAUUUAAAUAGGCAACGAACUUGCGUUCGGCCAUUAUUGAACAGUAGACGUAACGUCAAAAGCGCAGGCUAUGUUGAUAGGCCCUUUUUCCGAAAAAUCAACAGUUUUAUAUUUUUCCUAACCUUCUCAGUUAUAUUUGAAUUUAAAAGUGAAAAAUUGAUCAGGAUAUUUUAUAAUUUGACUGUGAGCAUGGAUUUCGCCAUUGAUCUGUUAUUAGAUGCAGCUCAGCACCUCGAAGAACGAGAAGAAAUUGUUAGUGAGUGCGGUUCAAAAAGUGCAAGUGAUAACACAGUGUUUCACAGUUUAAUACCGACGCCAACAGUAAUUCGUUACGAAGAAGUUCCGUGGAUUGAACACGAAAACGUAAACUGUUCAAAUUUAACGAGUACCUUCAAUUUUUCUUUCAACAACAUACGUGCUUCUACUCCAAAAGUAUUUGACAAUCCGUCCACUGUUCCAUUAAAUCUAUCGAAUUCAAUGGUUGUAAAUGAACCGUUGGAUUUAUCAUUCAAUCACGGUGAUUCAAACUUGGAAUCAUGCGCUGUUCUUGAUUUGGUAAUACACGAUUCUGCCAAAUUCAACACAGAUACAACUAUUUCAAUAAAUAACGGGCCUAUAAACCUUGUACUCAAAGAAAAGCUUAUCAACUCCAAAGAACUACAGCAGAAAUUAACGCAGGACAACCAAGGCAAAAUAGUGCUGCACAGAGGUAAUAUGAUGAAUGAGUAUUCAAUAAAAAUGCAAGUAACAUAAUAGUGAUAAAAUGAUCAUUAUGGAACAGAUUUUGAAUUGCUACCCCUUGAGAAUGAGGAACAAGACAAACAAGAGGUAGAUACAGGAGACGCUACUCUCAUGAAUGACUUUUCCAUUUAUGAGUAUUUUGAACCGUAUCAUAACCACGCAUUAAUUGGAGAUCAAGAUGAGGAUGGCGAUUCUGAUGAUGACAUUCCUCACGGUAAAAAACUAUGCAAUCAUUUCAAUAAAAAUAAAAAUUUUAAUGGGAAAUUAUUAAUUUAGUAAUGUCUCGAAGAAAGCGAAAGAUAGAAAUCCUAGAUAAUGCUUCAGUUGUACCGGGACCUUCGAAAGACCAUUCUGGUAAUUUUUCCUAUAAAAUCUAAUAUUUUACAAUAAUAUUUCUGAUGAUUCACUAUAGACACCUGUGUUCCUAUAGUCGAAGACGAUAUAGUUUUUGAAGAACUGGGAAAAAGUGAAGAAUUGAAACGUCGCACGAGAUGCUGUGAAUUUGCGGAAAGAAAAGCAUUAAA